AUGUCCAACUACGAUCACAUGAACCCUUUUGAUCAAAUGGACGAAGACGAUUUCUUUGACGAAAUUGAUGACCAAAACCAUGCUGGGGAUGCUGCUCUUGAUGAAUAUGAGAUGCUUACUAAGGUGACUGAUACAUCAGCUGCUCAAGCAAGAAAGGGAAAGGACAUUCAGGGAAUUCCAUGGGAGAGGUUGAACAUAUCAAGGGAAAGGUACAGGUUGACAAGGCUUGAACAAUACAGGAAUUUCGAGAACAUUCUUACAUCGGGGGAUGCUGUAGACAAGGAGUGCAAGCAAAUGGAGAAGGGUGGCAAUUACUAUGAGUUCUUCUAUAAUACAAGAAUGGUUAAGCCUACCAUCCUUCAUUUUCAGCUGAGAAACUUAGUCUGGGCAACUUCAAAACAUGAUGUCUACCUUGUCUCCAACUACUCAGUCAAUCACUGGUCAUCAAUGAGCGGUAUUUUGUCUGAGAUAAUCAAUUUUGCUGGCCAUGUGACCCCUACCGAGAGAUAUUCAGGAAAUUUGUUGGAAGGAUUUUCUCAGACCCAAAUUAGCACAUUAGCUGUCAAGGAUAAACUUCUUGUUGCUGGUGGCUUCCAAGGAGAGCUUACUUGUAAGCGUUUGGAUAAGAAAGGAGUAAGUUUUUGUACACGGACCACACAUGAUGAUAAUGCUAUAACAAAUGCAAUUGAAAUAUAUGAAAGCUUGAGUGGCGCGACUCAUAUUAUUGCUUCCAAUAACGAUUGUGGUGUGAGAGAAUAUGACACAGAAAGGUUUCAGCUUUUGAAUAACUUCCAGUUCUCUUGGCCAGUGAAUCACACAUCAAUCAGUCCAGACCGUAAGCUUAUGACUGUCGUUGGAGAUUACCUAGAAGGACUGCUAGUGGAUCCUCAAAAUGGGAAGACUGUUGCCACUUUGGUUGGUCAUCGAGAUUACUCUUUUGCUUCUGCAUGGCAUCCCGAUGGAUUAACCUUUGCAACGGGGAAUCAGGAUAAGACUUGCAGAGUAUGGGAUGUUAGACACUUACGAUCUCCUGUUGCCAUUCUCAAGGGUAACCUGGGGGCAACCCGGUCUAUUCGGUUUUCUUCAGAUGGACAAUAUAUGGUGGUUGCUGAGCCUGCAGAUUUUGUCCACGUUUAUAGCACAAAGGCAGACUAUAGAAAACGGCAAGAGAUUGAUUUCUUUGGGGAAAUUUCUGGGGUUUGUCUAAGUCCUGAUGAUGAGUGUAUGUAUAUUGGAAUCUGGGACAGGACUUAUGCAAGCUUGCUACAGUAUAAUAGGAGGCACCAAUAUCAAUAUCUUAAUGCCUACUAUUGA